GAUGUCUAUUAUUAGAUCAAAUGAACGCACAUAUCACCCUACAUUAGUGAAAUAAGUUUCAUCCGCAUGACCCGGAAGUUCUCUGAGCUUUUGGUGACGGUGCAUUAGGCGACAUGGCUCAUCUCUGUUUGUUUAGCCUGUUGGUCCUGUCCCUGGUUCUCGAGACCCAGGCCCUGACCCCAACCCAUCAUCUGACCACCACUGAUGUAGCCAGACUUCAGGCUGUAUUGAGCCAGCCCUUCACUGACCUCAAGUCUGCUUAUUACUCUGUUGUUGGACUUAGCAAGUUGGGAAUCUUUGUUGCGGAUGCAGAUGAGACAUGCAGGUUUAUCAAGUCAAACCUGGAUCCCUCUAGCGUGGAGUCACUCUUUUAUGCGGCAGAAGCCAGCCAGGCUCUGUCUGGAUGUGAGAUUCCUGUGUCAAAUGACACACGUGAUUUGCUUUUGGCCACUGUCAGUGAGGACUCCACUGCCUCUCAGAUCCAUCAGUCUGUGAGUGCUCUCAGCGCUCUUGGGUUACCUCUGGCCUCACAGGAAGUGGUCAUUGCCCUGAAAGCUCGCAUCUCCAAAGAGGACAAUGUCUUGGCAAUCAUUUUGGCCCUGCAGACUGCGUCUCGUCUCUCUCAGCAAGCUGAACUUGGAGAUAUCCUAGAGGAGAUUGAGGAUCUCGCUGCCCGUUUAGAUGAUUUGGGUGGAGUGUAUCUUCAGUUUGAGGAGGGGCUGGAGGCCACAGCAUUGUUUGUUUCUGCUGCGUAUGCCCUGUCUGAUCAUGUGGACAUGGAGACCCCCCUGAAAGAGGAUCAGGUAAUCCAGCUAGUGAACUCUAUCUUCAGUAAGAAGUCCUGGGACUCUCUCUCAGAGGCAUUCAGUGUGGCUAGUGCGGCUGCAUCGCUUUCCAACAAUCGCUUCCAUGUGCCUGUCAUUGUCAGUGCCCAGGGCCCUGCUGCCGUAUCCCACAGCCAGCCCUUCCUCCAGCUUCAGGUGACGGAUGUCCUUUGCCAGCCCCUCAGUUCAGCAAGUGUGCUGGUGGAGUCGGCCAGUGCUGUGUCUUCAAAAUCUGCCAUCCUAAGCCAGGCACCUUUCACCCUCAGAGAUGGGGUAUUUGAGCUGAAUUUCAUGGCCAGCCAACCAGCGAGUGGCUACUAUCAGUUCUCUGUUGCCGUUGCUGGUGACAGCCGAUUUGUUGCUAACCAUGUUGAGCUCAAAGUAAAGGUCUCUACCCGAGUUGCCAUCAACAACAUGGAUUUGUCUGUCGUGGACAAGGACCAGAGCAUUGGCCCCAAAACCACCAGAGUGGAAUAUCCAACUAAAGCCAAAGCAUCUUUUAUGGCAGACAGCCAUCAAAACUUUGCCAUGACGUUCCAGUUAGCUGAUGAGACCACAGGAGUGGAACUCACCCCUCACCAGACCUUUGUGAGGUUACACAACCAGAAGACCGGUCAGGAGGUCGUUUUUGUGGCUGAACCUGACAGUAAGAAUUUGUAUAAGUUUGAGCUGGACACAGCUGAGAGAAAGACAGAGUUUGAUUCCAUCUCUGGCACCUAUGCUCUUUACCUGAUGGUGGGAGACGCUACGCUGGAGAACCCCAUUUUGUGGAACGUGGCUGAUGUUGUGCUGAAGUUCUUAGAUGAAGAGGCACCUGCAGCAAUUCAGGCUAAAACAUUGUAUGCACCCAAACCAGAAAUCCAGCAUCUUUUCAGAGAGCCAGAGAAGAAGCCACCCACAGUUGUAUCCAAUACAUUUACUGCCUUGGUCCUCUCUCCGUUUCUGCUCCUGCUCAUACUGUGGUUUAAACUUGGAGCCAAUAUGUCAAACUUCACGCUGUCACCCAGCACCAUUCUCUUCCACUUAGGCCAUGCAGCUAUGUUGGGUCUAAUGUACGUGUACUGGACUCACUUAAACAUGUUCCAGACUCUGAAGUAUUUGGCUAUCAUAGGCAGCCUCACAUUCCUGGCUGGGAACCGCAUGCUAGCACAAAAAGCUGUGAAAAGGAUUGCUGCAGAACAAAGUAGUAGGUUGGCAAAAUAUAGGAGUCUGCGAUAAAUGCCUGAAUGUUUUGCAAAAAGAAAGGCCAGUCUUCAGGCUGAAACUUGAUGGAAAAUGAUGCUGGCAAAAUCGAGAAGACCAUGGAUGUUUCAUAUUCAUGUUUUUUCUUUAUUUAAGAAAUUUGGGAACAGAAGCAUUGGUGGUGGUUUAAAAGUGAAACAAAGAUGCAGGCCGGAAUAUUCUGGAAUUUUCAAAAAUACAAAUUGAAUUUGACAAUUAAGAAACAUGCAGUUUUCUUUUUUUGACAGAUGAAUACAUUGAGGAUAUAUGAUGAUUGUUGCUUGUACAUUGAAUUGUUUGGUGGUGAUUCAAAUGAAAGUUUGUGAUAUUCUACUGCUGUUUCCUGUUUUUGAAAGGAUGUUCAUUUGAUUGUUUUUGAAUACAGAUUCCUGUCCUCAGAUUUUUGUAAUGAAUAGUGAAGCAUGUUUCUGUUUGAGGGUUUUUUUUUUUUUUUUUUGUCAUACCAUCAGAGCAAGAGGUUCUGUUUGACAUCAACUGAACAGAAAUGUGGAAUCAUUCUUCCAGUUAUCACCACACUGAUGGCUAACACAAUGUUUUUUAAAUAAAACAAUUAAAACACA